AAGACAACCCAGCAGAUAAACCUGAUUGUGACGGCAUAUAUGAUUUUCCAGGGAAUAACUCCUAUCCUGUGGGGAACGUUGGCAGAGGUGUAUGGGAGGAGGCCUGUCUAUCUCACUUCUCUCGCAUUCGUUGUGUCUACGUCUGUCGGCCUUGCGUUAGUUCCAACGCCCAAAUACUGGCUUCUUGUGCUACUGCGGUGUAUUUCCUCAUCAGGCGGUGCCGUUGUCAUCCCCCUUGGGAGCGGGAUCGUGAGUGACAUUGCUGCCACUUCGGAACGUGGAAUGUUUAUGGGAAUGGUGAAUUUGGGUCCGAUGCUAGGGCCUUGCCUGGGGCCAGUAAUAGGAGGGUUUAUCGACCGUUACCUUGGCUGGCGAGCAGUCUUUUGGUUCUUGUCAAUUUUCACUGCAUGCUGUCUUGUGCUUCACUUCUGGUUUCUCCCGGAGACAUUGCGAACCAUUCGAGGAAAUGGGAGCAUUCCUUCAAGCGGGAUCAGCAUGACACUGUUGGAUAUGUGCAGGAAGAUUUGUCGGGGUGGCAAGGAGGAACCAUGGACUGAGUUGAUGUUAGCUGCCGAACAUGAACGGAAGAUGUUCGUCGAGCAGAAGAAAACCGUUCAUCUGCUGCGCACGCUUCACUAUUUUUUCGAGAAAGACGUAUCAAUCCUUCUCUUUUUCAAUGGAGUGAACUUCAUGAAUAUGUACAUAGUCACGGCCACCACCGCGACCAUAAUGCAGGAUACAUAUGGGCUGGGUCCGAGUGAUGCAGGUCUUUGCUAUCUUCCCUUUGGUACUGGAAUGGCUGUGGGCAGUGUCAUAGCUGGAAGACUGAUCGAUCGCGAUUUCCACUCUACUCUCGCAAGCUACAUGCGGGAUCGUCGUUACGAUCGCGAAGAGCAUCUUCCAAAUUCACUGAGAGAUAUAAAGAAUGGUAAGAAAUCGUUGUCAGAAGAAGAGAUGCUCCGGUUCCCUCUUGAACAUGCAAGGCUCAAGUCGUCUCCGAUUUACGACCUUGUUCUUUGGUCCUGCAUCGUAGCCUAUGGAUGGUCUGUACAUUUUAAAGCCCAUCUUGCUGUCCCUCUCAUCUUUCAGUUCUUCCAGGGCCUUGGUCAGGUCGCAUCGAGCCAGUCUAUUACUGUGCUGUUAAUGGAUCUCUAUCCUGGAGAGGGAGCAUCCAUUGCCGCCAAUAUCUACCUGACUCGCUCCCUGAUCGGGGCUAUUGCUAUCGCGAUCAUCGAUCCGCUUCGCCGCGCCGUGGGAAUGGGCCCAGCGAUGAUGGUCAUUGUUAGCGUUCCCUUGUGCCUCCUUCCUCUCAUGUUUCUUGAACGGAGGCGUGGAAUGAGAUGGCGUCAAAAACGCGCGGCAAGAGGUGCAACUGCCAACUGCUCCGACCCGGCUCAGAAUAAUAUCCCUGAUAUCAGUGGCCGGACUACCCCGAUACAGGGGUAGAUGGCCCUAUACAGCUUUCAUCUCUUCCUAGAACUCCUAGUUGGGAUUACUUGCAAACUUCUUCGUAAUCAUCUCACCGUCAUUGUCUAUAACUCUUCGUCUGCAGCGGGUUUACAAAAACCGCGUUCUAUGGCCGUCCUCGUGCAGGACAACAACCAACAGACUGCCCCUUGUGUUCGUAUUUAUGAAUUGUGAAGCAGAAAACAAAAUGUUG